UUUUAAAUGUGUCACUUGACCUACUCUGACGAGGAAGAUACAACAUUAACUCGCAUUCAAACAUCCCGCGUCAGCAUAGCCAGUCUAAUCUAAUCUCUUGUGGCAUCGCGAAGACACUCACAGCAUUCUUAAACCUUCAAUGUAUUCCUGUACUGCUCUAGCCGUGCUGCUUAACGCGUUGAUCGGUGUAAUAAACUGUCAAACGUUGAAUAUGGGACGAUGUCCUACAGUUGAUGUGAAAAAGGAUUUCGACUUGACCAAGUACGUAGGAACUUGGUAUGAAAAUACGAAAAACAGAAGAUACUGGUUCAUCAUGGAUUCCGGAUUGAAAUGUGCUUCAGAGACUUACACUUUAGAUGGCAAUGACACCAUUCUCGUUCACAACAAAGGCCAGCGUGUCCUUCCAAUAACCGGCCGAUUCGUGUCUGCAAAAGGUGUCGGAAAACUCGUGAGUCCGGGAAAACUUGAAUUUACUUUUAAAGAUUCCCCUUUUUCACCAGAAAAUGUUCCUUACUGGGUACUGGACACUGACUACACAAAUUAUGCGGUCGUCUGGAGCUGUUCUACAAGAGCAAGGGUUAAUGCUCAAAUAACGUGGAUACUAACGCGCGAAAUCAAACCGGAUCCUUCUGUUUUAAGAGCAGCUAUGGAUGUCCUCAGUCGUAACGGAUUGGGGCGUACGUCGAUGAUCCCGACUAAUCACAACAGCUGCAAGGAGGCAUCGUGAGACGUGAAUGGCCCCUAUCAAUCCCCAAAGUCCGUCUUACUCAAUUACAAAAUUAAAGUUUGUUUUUUUUUAUGCAGUUCCCUCAAAGACGACCUGUACUCUAGUUAUCCGACUAACAAAACUAUUUAAGCAAAUACAAUUAAAGCCGCAUUUAAUAAUA